AUGGGGGAGUUUUACCUGCGAGGGGACGUGUGUGAAGGCGUCGCGACGGUCGCGGGGGAAGUGACUGUGACGCCGCGAGGGACGCUUCAAUCACUCCGGCCCCCAGUCACUCCGGCCCCCAGUCACUCCGGCCCCAAGUCACUCCAGCCCCAAGUCACUCCAGCCCCAAGUCACUCCAGCCCCAAGUCACUCCAGCCCCAAGUCACUCCGGCCCCCAGUCACUCCGGCCCCCAGUCACUCCGGCCCCCAGUCACUCCGGCCCCCAGUCACUCCGGCCCCCAGUCACUCCGGCCCCCAGUCACUCUGGCCCCCACUCACUCCAGCCCUAAGUCACUCCGGCCCCCAGUCACUCUGGCCCCCAGUCACUCCGGCCCCCAGUCACUCCGGCCCCCAGUCACUCUGGCCCCCAGUCACUCCGGACCCCAGUCACUCCGGACCCCAGUCACUCCGGACCCCAGUCACUCCGGACCCCCACCCUAA